AUUUAACACCCCCCUCAUGAAUUCUCAAGACUAAAUUCUACAUUCUGAGGGAGAGAGUAAGACUAAAGAGAGAGGGGGACUGUACUGUACAUUAACUGUCUGUAUGGUACAGACUCUAUAACACUGUCAUGGCUAGGGCUAGGGUCAGGCAUGCAGGAGUCUGCCUGCUGCUUCUGCUGAUUGUGGCACUGGUUAUCAGUGCUGACGCAGAAGCAGAGAUGCAAAGAAAGAAUCUCAGGAGACAGAAGAGAGAAUGGAUCCUGCCUCCUGCCAAAAUCUACGAGAAUACAGACUACACAAAAAGAGAGUACAUUGCCAAGAUCCGCUCUGAUAAGGACAAAGAGGCGAAGGUGGAGUAUUACCUGGCAGGGAAGGGGGCUGACAAACCCCCCUUUAACCUUUUUAUUGUCAACCCCGAGAACGGCUUUGUACGCAUCACUGGCAUCCUGGACCGGGAGAAAUGCAACGUGUACAACUUGACUGGAGUGGCCAGGUACAGAAACGGGACCUUGGCGGAAGCAGAUAUUCCUCUGCAGAUUCAUGUCAUUGAUCUGAACGAUAACUCACCUUACUUUGAGCUCCACUCUGGGUCCAUCGCAGAGUCCAGCAAAGCAGGCACAGAAAUCAUGCAGAUCAUAGGGAAAGAUGAUGAUCAGGAGGGGAGCAUCAACUCUAAGAUCCAUUACAAGAUCCUCAGCCAGAAACCAGCAGGGUCCGGAGCUAUGUUCACCAUCGAUGAGAAUACAGGGAAACUCUUCGUAAAGGAUGCCAGACUGGACAGAGAGACUCACGAUUCGUACACUAUAAUCGUCCAAGGGACAGAUAUGGGCGGGGCAGCUGGAGGCAACACGGGAACAGGAACUGUGGAAAUAAAGGUCCUGGACAUCAAUGACAACAUCCCCACACUGGAGAAGGGGCAGUAUGCAGGGAACGUUGACGAGAACAUUGCUGAUGUCAUUGUGAUGAGGAUCAAAACAGUGGACAGAGAUCUAGAAUACACAGAUAACUGGCGGGCCGUCUUUCACAUCACCCAAGGCAACGAGGAUGGACUCUUCUCCAUCGAGACGGACCAAGACACCAACGAAGGCAUUCUGAAGCUGAUCAAGGCAGUAGAUUUCGAGGAAGUCCAGAAAUUAGAACUUGGAAUAGUCAUUGAGAACGUAGCUCCUUUUGUUGUAGGGAGUGCUGUAGCGAUGGAUGUGGAUGUUAAUGCUGGGGGGGGGGGAGGGCCGGGAGCUGGAACUGGAGAUGGGGUUGGAGCUGGAGCUGGGGCAGGCGCUGGAGCAGGAGCUGGUGUUGAAGUAGGAGUGGAUGUUGGGGGAGAUGUGGGGGUGAAUGCAGGGGUGGUUGUUGGGGCUGGGGUUAAACCAGGAGUUGGGCCUGGGGUUAAGCCUGAUCCCAAUGGGAAGCCGAAACCAAAGCCAAAGCCUAGGGGGAAGAACUACCCGAUUUCGAUCGCAGUUAACAACAUGCCGGAAGGUCCAGCAUUUAAGCCCAGCACCAAACCUGUGUCUGUCUCUGAGGAUCCCAACAAAAUGCCGAAGGACGGAGUGAUCGCCUCGUACCCUGCUGUGGAUGGAGAUACAGGGGAGCCUGCUGAGAACGUCAGGUAUGCCAAAGCCUAUGACCCAGACAACUGGGUGACCAUCGAUGACAAGACAGCUGAGAUAAGACUUAUCAAGACGCCAGAUCGAGAGUCUAAGUUCUUGGUGAAUGGGACAUACUUUGCCAAGAUACUCGUCAUUACCCAAGAUAUGCCCUCUAAGACAGCCACGGGCACCAUAGCCAUCCAGGUCCAAGACUUCAAUGACCACUGCCCCAUGCUGACUACUACCUAUGAGAGCGUGUGCUCGGGCAAACAUACGGUCAACGCCACCGCGUUCGACGAGGAUAUCUCGCCCAAUGGAGCUCCGUUCACCUUCACCGUGGUGGCUGAGGGGACACGUGGCAAAUGGGAAAUAGAACACAUCAAUGGCACGAUGGCUGUCUUGCGAUCUACUGAGGCAUUAUGGCCGGGUGAGUAUGAGGUGAGGGUGGCAGUAGCAGACGAGCAGGGCCUGUCCUGCCCAGAGCCACAGGUGUUCAAGGUGGAGGUAUGUACCUGUUUGGAGGGGGAAGACUGUGGCUCCAGGACUAUCAGUUUACGCCAAAAGACCACCGACGCCAUAAUUGGUACCCCUGCCAUCGGACUGCUCAUCUUAGCCAGCUGUGUUCUGCUACUGGUACCUCUGAUGCUGCUGUUCUGUCAGUGUAGAGGAGCCUUCGCUGACCAGUUCACUGACCUGCCGUUCGAUGCCAAGGAAUACCUCAUGUCCUACCACACUGAGGGAAAGGGAGAGGAUAAGGAGGUGCCCCUACUCAGUAUUCCUACAACCGUAACUGAUGGAAGGGCUGCACUAGGAACAGGAUCAAUUCGGCCAGCAAACAUCGCCACAAAAUCCUCACGUAAUACUACAAACAAUAUACAUCAGAGCAGUGGGGUCUCCAGUGAGGACAUGCAUACACUGCGUCGGGAGCAGAGCCACAUGGGUAUGGAGAUGGACUACACCUAUGGACUCCAGAAUGGUGGAGGCUUUGAGGCUAGUAUGGGGCUGGGAAGCAGCACCAUGCAUUCCAGAUACGCCACACACACCUCACAUGUCAAACAAGACAUCUAUGAGGACAUGGCACUCCCAUGUACUUUCCUGGAUGGCUACUACUCACAGAAAGUGACAUGUGCAUCUCAGAACCCUCCACUGAAAGACAGUAAGUUGGUGUAUGACUACGAGGGCCAGGGCUCUCCUGUCGGCUCGGUGGGAUGCUGCAGCCUACUGGAAUCUGACAACGACCUCCAGUUCCUCAAUGACCUGGGGCCAAAGUUCAAGACCCUGGCUGACAUCUGCUCUCCUCCAAAACCUCAACCCAAACCUAGAAUGGUGGAGCGCAUCUUCGAGCCAAAACACCCCGAAAUCAAAAGAGAGAGCAUCGUCACCGCCAACAAUGUCAACAUCACCAAAUCUUCCAUUAGAAAUGUCAAUAUCAACCAAUCAUCCACCAGCACCAGCAGAGUCAAUAUCUCCCAAACACCUCCCACCAGUCCCCCUGCCACUGGGGUUAGUAACUUCUCAAUCAGUCAGUCCGCCACUUUCCCACCGCCCCCUACGCAGACGAUUCUGCUGCAGCAACAGCCUAUGUACUACACCACCAUGCAGCCCAUGGUGCAGCCCCUGAUGCAACCCAUACAGUAUGUACUGGCUGAUGGCGGCUCUACCACCAACCUAAACCGUAUGGUAGUGCUCAACGGGCCCCCUGUGUCUGGAACCAUGGGAAGUCUGGGAGGCCUUGUCAUCCAAGGCAACAGGGUCAUAUCAGAGACCUCCACUAGCCCCACCAGUCCCAGUACCCCAGGAAGCCCCACCAUGCUGGGGCUGGGUAGUCCCAGAAGCCCUGGGUGGAUCCAAGGCUCCCUACCCAGGGGUGGCCUGGGUGGUCUGUCUGUAGUGGGGCACAGCCCUGAUGGUAACUAUGUUUACAUGGAAAGGCAGGUUAAUGUAAGUGGAGAGCCACAGGUGGGGUCUGGGGUCCCAGGUGCACCUUCUCAGGGCAGUUUGCCCAGGGGUGCGUUCCUGUUGAAGGAGGCUGCUCCCCCUCAGGGGGUUUUAGGCCUGGCAGCCCAGGGUGUGGGUGGGGGUGGUGGAGGUGUGUAUGGCGUUAUGCCAGGACAUACCUUUACAAGGGUGAGGCAGGUUGGGGGUGGGCCUAUUGGGGUUGGGCCGGCUGGAAUGGGGCCAGGGGGGAUAGGGCAGAUAGUUAUAGGAUCGCAGGGACUCCCAAUGUGGGUGCCACUGAGCCCCCCAGGGGGUAGCCGUGGACAGAUGGAGGGGGCAGCGCCAACAGGUGAUUCUCAACCAACUCCGGUUACUGUUGAAAUACCAGAGUCCAGAGUGGCAGAGAUUGAGAGGAAACUGGUGUUUGAGGGCCAUAGUGAACCAGGUGAGCAAAUAGAGGAGGAGGAAGAGGAGGAAGAGGAAGGGGAGGAAGAGGAAGAGGAGGAGGAAGAAGAGGAAAAGCAGGAGGAAGAGAAUGAGGAGGAGGAAGAGGAGCCUUUAGAACAGACAAAAGAAACAGCUGUGACUGAGGAAGAAUCCGUAACUUUAGCUUUGACCUCAGAGCCAUCAACAGAACAGGUUGAGCCAUCUGAGUCACUGGAACACAAACUAACAUACCAAUCCAUUGAGUCAAGCCAUCCAACAGAUGAAGAUGCAUCAACUCAAUUAAAUGAAGUCUCUGGAGCUCUCAAUGAAGAAGGCCUAGUUAACUCUGAGGACCAGCUGUCGGAUGAGGAUGUGUCCAUGGUAGUUGAGGCCUCCUCAGAAGAAGCAUCCAUGUCCGAAUCAGACAUUAUAGAUUUAGUUGGUACAGAUCAGCCAACUGAGGAUGAAGACUCUAUAGAUCUAGUUGGUACAGAGCAGUCAGCCGAGGAAGAAGACAUUAUAGAUCUAGUUGGUACAGAUCAGCCAGUCAAGGAAGAAGACAUUAUAGAUCUAGUUGGUACAGAUCAGCGACCCGAGGAAGAAUCAACAGAACUGACUCUGGAAGAGGAAGUGGUUUCAGAAUCGCAGGAAUUUCAGCUAACUGUGGAUCCAGUCACUAACGGUCAACGAGAGAAGGAUAUUACUGAGACAGAAGAGAUGAUGGUAUCAGAAGCACAGCAAGAUCCGGUCACAGUUGAUGACAUCACUGAUAGCCAAGAGGAGGGUACAGCUGAGGAGGAAAUUAUGUCACAGCUUCAGUUAGAUGAGCUCACAGUAGAUAGCCUAACAUAUAACCAGGAAGAGGAGGGGAAGGCACCUGAAGAAGUUUUCUUAAAAUCAGAAUUGCUCAUAGCGGCUUACAGUGCACUUGAUGCCCAAGAAGAAGAGGGUAGUCCUGAGGAGGAAUUGAUGUCAGAGUUGCGGCAGAAUCAGCCAAUAUCACAUAGCGACACUGAUGUCCAGGAGGAGGGAAGUCAGGGAGAUGAGGAGGCAGCGCUGAGUGCUCAGAUAGGAGAGGUGAAGGGAGAGAUGGAGGGAGAGAUGGAGGAAGAAGUGGAGGAAGAGAUGGAGGGAGAAGAGGAGGAAGAGAUGGAGGAAGAAGUGGAGGAAAAGGUGGAGAUGGAGGGAGAGCUAGAGGGAGAGCUAGAGGGAGAGCUCGAGGGAGAGCUCGAGGGAGAGCUAGAGGGAGAGCUGGAGGGAGAGCUGGAGGGAGAGCUAGAGGGAGAGCUGGAGGGAGAGCUGGAGGGAGAGCUGGAGGGAGAGCUGGAGGGAGAGCUAGAGGGAGAGCUAGAGGGAGAGCUGGAGGGAGAGCUAGAGGGAGAGCUAGAGGGAGAGCUGGAGUCUUCCCAGGCGGCAGAGGAGGAGGUGGAGGGAGAGGUGGAGUCUUCCCAGGCGACAGAGGAGGAGGUGGAGGGAGAGGUGGAGGAAGAGAUGGAGGGAGGGGUGGAAGAGCUGGAGGGAGAGCUGGAGGGAGAGCUGGAGGGAGAGCUGGAGGGAGAGCUGGAGGGAGAGCUGGAGGGAGAGCUGGAGGGAGAGGUGGAGGGAGAGGUGGAGUCUUCCCAGGUGACAGAGGAAGAUACUUCUGUGGUACAGAGUGAAGCAUUUGAUGAGUCAGCACCAGAACAGGAGUACACAGAGGUAGAUCAGGACAUAGAGACAUCAGAAGAGACUGAAACACUAGACUCAGAGAACAUAGAGGACAUACCAAGCCAGUAUACUACAGGCCUGAUGCCAACGUCAGGUGAUGGAAUGAUAGAUGAGGGCACUGUUGUUAGGGAGAGCCAAGUUUCUGUUGAUCAAGAUUUAUCUGGAGGCACAGACUUAGUGACUGUGGAGGGUGAGGUGGAGUCUGUUGAACUAGUAGCAGAAGAAACAGUUUGUUCAGCCCUAAAGGCUACAGGUGAUGUAGAGGAAUCAGAAGAGGAUGACGAGGUGGGAGAGAGUCUGGUCACCUCUCGCCAAAUCGCUGAAGUCAAACCACUAAAAGAGGAAAUAGACGAUAGUGAGAAUGUUGUAGGAGAGGAGAUGGAGUCUGCUGUUGAGACAGUUGAGGAAGUAGAGGCUAGUGCUGACCAACAGACAGAGUCCACAGUAGCUACAGAAGAGAUUGAGUCCCCUAGCGAAGAAUUAGCCGAGGACCUAGAGGUGACUUCUUCAACACCAGAGGCUACAUGUGAGGUUUCUGUUGAGGCAGGUGAGGCUAUAAAUGCAGUGGCAGGUGCAGCAGUGGAUGAUACAGUAGUGGAGGCUGCGGGUGAGACAUCAGGUGAGGCCGCAGGGGAGGCUGGUGGGUCAGAACAGGCCCCAAAGACAUUGGCUUCAUCUUUCCGUAGCAAAUUCAGGAUGGGCUCCAAGAGAGAAUCUACUCCCAAGAGUCCAAAGAGUCCCACAGCAAAGUGCAAACAACAGUGAGAGCUCUUUGCACUUUGCACAGCCAUAAUGCGGAGAAUACUUUUGUAUAUAUCUGACUUUCUGUUUAUAGGUUUUUGUUCAUUGGUUUUGCUUCACAGGUUUAUGUUUGUCAGUCAUUGUUUUCUCAAUCAUAGACGAUCUUUUAUGUAAAGCAGUAUGUUGGGUCUUUCAGCUUUUGUGGUUCUGGUCAAAAGUAGUGCACUGUGGCGCAGCGGUCUAAGGCAUUGCAUCUCAGUGCAAGAGGCAGUCCCUGGUUCGGUGCCUGGUUCAAAUCAAGGCUUUAUCACAUCCGGCUGUGAUUGGGAGUCCCAUAGGGCAGCACACAAUUGGCCAGCGUCGUCUGGGUUUGGCCGAGGUAGGCUGUCAAUGUAAAUCUGAAUUUGUUCUUAACUGCCUAGUUAAAUAAAAACAUAGGGAGACACUGUGGUCUGUGGUUCUCAUAGGUGUCAUAAAAUAUCAUAUCAGUUGUGAUUCCCCUUGGGGAACUGAGAAAAUAACAAUUAAAACAAACAUGCAGAAACCUGCAGAGCGACUUCACACAGUCAGGAAAACAGCACACCUAUCUAUUACUACAGACUGUCACGUUUUAUACGCAAAUACUCUGAUCAACUCUUUUCCAUACCUUUUAACACCUUUAUACAUCACACCGUUUCUGUUCCUCCAUAGUUUCCCACUCCUGUUCUAAUAGCCCCUCUGAUGCUUAUGACAGGGCAUGACAGGUUGAAGAAGCCAAAUGUAUUUAUUGUCAAUGUUCUGCAGAGUAGUGAACAGGCAAUUACUGCUUUAUGAACCAACCUUCAGAAGUUGGCAGAUGUGAAAUAUAGAUCCGUUUUUUUUCUGUUUGUAGGUUUGGUUUUGCAUCACAGCUUUAUGUUUGUCAGUCAUUGGUUUCUCAAUAAUGGUUGACCCUUUAUGUAAAGCAGUAUGUUGGGUCUUUCGGUUGUUGUGGUAUGUAGUCUUAUUUCAGCCUUUACUACAAAGUCAAUGGGUGUCAGCUUUUCUCAAACAGAAACUACUGAAACAUCAUUAUUGUAAAUCACAAGACAGAGUGGGGUAUGUUUAGAUAAGACUGCGUUUGUAUGGGGGAAAAUAAAUGUGAAAAAUAAUACUUGUAAUGUACAAUUUAUCCUGCAUCAUCAUAUACUAUAUCACUGGGAAUCGCUACACAGACACCAACACAGACACCAUUGUUUUUGUUAACAAAGAUGGAAUGCCAAUGAUGGUUUGAUGUUUGAAACUUCUGACGUUGAAUGUUGUUUCCUUUUUUUAACAAAUAUAAUAAAUGAAAUAAAUUGU